AUGGGUUCCUGUACUUCCAAGUCUGCCCUUGAGCAUAGGAGGCCAGCGAGGUAUUACACCAGAGGGCGAAGAGUCCGCAGCCGUCGGUCCAUCAUGCCAGAGGCACCCCAGUCACAACAGUUGAGCGAUCCCAGAGGACGCAUGACCGGCUUCUCCAUGAGCGAGAUUGUCCAUGUGGAGACGGCCAACCGAGGCAAGUCAGAGCAUUCCAAGACAUUCCACCUUACGCAGAUGGAGUGGCACCACAACCAGAGGGACUCUAAAGGUUGCAGCAAUGAAGAUGCCUGGUUUGAUUCUGUCAGUAUCCUUGAAGAUGAUUCUGAUGAUGAAUUCAAGAGUGUCAAUGGAGAUAGUUCGGACGAAGAUGAGGAGCAGAAGAAGCAAUAUGAGAGCGCUUCCAGUUUUGCUGAUGCACUCUCUCGCAUUGGAGACAUGUGCCGUGGUGUGCCCAUGACAUUAUCUGUUGAACAGUACCUGAGAAAAGAUAAUAGUAUGGACAAUCGUGAUGAUCCUGGACGUAGGAGCCAAAGCAUGUCCGUGCGUACCAGCAAGUGCAUACCAUCCUCCUUUAGCCUGAAGGGCUUGAAGGAUAAAAAUGAUACAGAUGAUGAUAACAGGGAGAACUCCACGCCAUCCCGCUUACGCCAGCUGCUGCACUCUAUCAGCUUCAAUGACAGGAUGCAGCAGCUGACAGGUGGCAGCCCUGCAAAAAAGAAAUCCACAGUCAUCCGGCUCUCAUACAAGACAACAUCAUGUGAUGAUUAUGAAGGCAGUGGUGAAUGCAGUAAAUCUAAGAAAUAUGUUGUCCGUCCAAAGGUAGGGCAAACAAUCCCAUAUGGAGGAGAGAAGCCAACAACAGGAUGUUGGUCACGGAUUGAUCCAUCCCUCUUCAAGUUGAGGAGUGAGACAUUCCUAAAAGAUAAGAAGAAAUGUGCAGCUCCAAACUAUGCUGCUUAUUAUCCAAUAGGUGUUGACCUGUUUGCCUGCCCCAAGAAGGUUCAUCACAUUGCUCAGCACCUCGACCUUCCACAAAUCAAAACACACCCCAAGCUCCCAUCACUUUUGAUUGUGAACAUCCAGAUGCCUACCUAUCCAGCUGCGAUGUUCCUCGGUGACAGUGAUGGAGAAGGCCUAAGCCUCGUCUUGUACUUUAGGGUAUCUGAAUACUAUGACAAAGAGGUUUCUGAACAUUUCAAGGAAUCCAUCAUGAGAUUUUUUGAGAAUGAAACUGAGAAGGUAAAAGGGUUUACGUCAGAAUCUACCAUCAGUUACAGAGAUCGACUGAAAAUCAUGGCUGGAUUGGUCAACCCAGAUGACCUCCAGUUGGGUUCUACAGAGAGGAAGCUUGUCCAAGCAUACAAUGAGAAACCAGUGCUCUCACGGCCCCAACAUAAUUUCUACGAGGGAGAGAACUACUUUGAGGUAGACCUUGACAUACACCGGUUCAGCUACAUUGCUAGGAAGGGACUGGACUCAUUCAGGGAACGCCUAAAGAAUGGCAUCCUCGAUUUGGGGUUAACAAUUCAGGCCCAGAAACAGUCAGAGCUCCCUGAGCAGGUCCUCUGCUGUGUUAGGCUGAACAAGAUUGAUUUCACUAACCAAGGAGUUCCAACAAUAGUCGGAACUGAUGACAAGUGA